AUCUGCAGGACAGUAGCUCUCCAGGAGCAGGGUUGGAGAUCCCUGUUCUAGAACAUUAGCAACCAAACAGAAAUGCUCUUGCAACCACCAGGAACCCUUUAGAAACGGCAUAGAAAUGCCCUAGCAACCACCCAGAACCCCUUAGCAACCACACAGAAAUGUUCUUUCAACCACCCAGAACAUUCUAGCAAUCCUAUAGACUUUAUGUAGCCCCGACCCUUUUCAACACUGUGCUCGUUGUCUUCUGUCUUCAAGUUUCUAAUUUCCACAGCAUGAAGAGCAUCAUAACGACCAGUUGAAGGACAGCUGCAUCAACCUACUUAUCUCAAUCAAACCUUAGGCCAGUGUGGAAGCACCACACACACCCAUCUGGAUAUUAGAGAUCUCAGCUGUCAGAGAGCCAAAAUGACUGUGUCAAACUGGGGUCUGAUCAUGAACGUUGUAAACAGCAUCGUGGGUGUGAGUGUCUUGACGAUGCCCUUCUGCUUCAAACAGUGUGGAAUUGUGUUGGGCACACUGUUGUUGUUCUUCUGUUCGUGGAUGACCCACCAGUCCUGCAUGUUUCUAGUCCACUCGGCUAGUAACACCAAACGCAGGACUUACGCUGGACUAGCUUUUCAUGCUUAUGGAAAACCAGGCAAGGCUCUUGUGGAAUUAAGCAUGAUUGGCCUCAUGUUGGGGACAUGCAUUGCUUUCUAUGUCGUCAUCGCAGAUCUGGGGUCCAACUUCUUUGCUCAGCUGCUUGGGCUGGAGGUGACGCGUAGCAUCCGUAUCAUGUUACUGAUUGCUGUGUCGAUGUUCAUUGUGUUACCACUCAGCUUGCAAAGAAACAUGAUGUCAUCAAUCCAGUCAUUUUCAGCCAUGGCACUUAUCUUCUACACACUCUUCAUGUUCACGAUAGUGUUGUCCUCUCUGCGUUACGGAAUAAUCAGUGGCUCCUGGGUGGAGCAAGUACAUCUGUGGCGCUUCAAGGGUGUCAUACAGUGUCUGCCAAUUAUCGCCACCACCUUCUGCUGCCACCCGCAAGUAUUGCCCACUUACGACAGCCUGGAUGAGCCCUCGGUGAAGAGAAUGAGCACAAUAUUCACCUCUUCGCUCAACGUGGUCACAACCUUCUACAUCACAGUGGGGUUCUUCGGUUAUGUGAGCUUCACAGAUAACAUUGCCGGGAACGUACUGAUGAACUUUCCAUCAAACCUGGUAACGGAAAUGAUCCGUGUGGGCUUCAUGAUGUCUGUGGCUGUGGGCUUUCCCAUGAUGAUCCUGCCCUGCAGACAGGCUAUCAACACCAUGCUAUUCGAGCAGCAGCAAAAGGAUGGCACCUUCGCUGCAGGUGGGUAUAUGCCACCCCUUCGCUUCAAAAGCAUCACUCUUUGCAUCGUUUUUGGCACCAUGUUGGGCGGCAUCCUCAUUCCUAAUGUGGAGACCAUCCUGGGUCUGACUGGAGCCACCAUGGGCAGUCUGAUCUGCUUCAUCUGCCCAGCUCUCAUCUACAAGAAGAUCUUGAAGAAUGCCUGGACUGCACAGCUGGUUCUGUGGGUUGGUCUCGGCAUCCUGCUCAUCAGUACCUUCACCACGCUGUCCAUUUCCUCCAACGAGCCACAGAAAUUAAACCCCCCUCUGGAUGUCCCUGCAAAAACUCAGAACAAGCCUCCCAUCCUCAUUGCCCCUGAGAUGCCUGAAGUACAAGUGCAAGAGAAUAGACUGGAACCUGAUCCAGGAGAGAAGCCAGAUAGGCCACCAAUUGAGGUUGAACAGCCAGCAGAGAAGGCAGCAGCAGAGCCCCCUCAGAUUAAAGUACCUGUGGAAGUGGCUGAGCAAAACAAUAAGGAUGAAAAGGUUCAGCUGGUCCGCCCUGAAGCAGGUGUUGCAGUCCCAGAAGGGGAAGCCCAUCGCCAUGAGCCGCCCAACCCUCAUGACAGAGUUCAGAUAGAUGAGAUCAAAAACCAGGAGGAACUGGAGGACGAAAAUAAACAACCUAUAGUUGUGGAGGAAGAAAAGAAACUGCCUGCUGGCGAGGAGGAGGAGCUUCUUGCUGAGCAGGGGGCGGGGCAAGCACAAGAGGUGGAAGCUGUAAAAGAGGAGGAGUUAAAAGAAAAAGAAGCUGCAGUGAAAAGGGCUGUCGAUCAGGACCAGCUUGCAGUUAAUGAAGUGUUGGAUAAGGCAAAAAAUCCAGAGGAUCUGAAGAAGGUUGAGCCCUUCUUGGGCCAUAAAGAACCAGAAAACCUGCCUGAAGUGAAGAAACAGCAUGAUGAGAAUGAAGCGCCCAGAGAGAAGAAGCCAGAGGAGAUGGACAAAGCCCCUGAACCCCAGGGUGAGAAAUUGAAGGAGAAGUUUCUUGUGCAGGAGCACAAGGAACAGAAGGUUCCAGAUGAAAAGGAUGAAGGGGUGGACAAGGAUGGAGAUGGGGACAAGAUGGAAGUGAUUAAAAAGAUUGUUGCAGAGGGUCAGUUGGACCAUGCUGUGCUGCUCCAGGUAAUUAAGGAGCAGCAGGAACAGCAGAAAAGGCUUCUGGACCAACAGGAAAAACUCCUGGCUGUAAUUGAGGAGCAACACAAGGAGAUCCACCAAAUUAAGGAGGGAGAAGAAGAACCAAAGGCACUAGAACAGCAGAAAAUACAUGUGGACCAUGAGGAAAAACAGUUAGAUGUGAAUGAGGAGGUCCAUCAAGUGAAAGAAGGAGAAGCUGAGCCAAAGGCAGCAGCAAGAGAGGGUGUAGGUGAGGUGGAGAACGUAGCUGCAGCUGUCGCAGGGCCUGAAGACCCAGAAGCAAAAGAGGCUCACGUCGCAGUUGGUCUUCCCGACAAUGCCCUUGAAUUGGUGCAAGAUGCAGGUGUUAAAGUUCCCAAGGAGGAGGAGCUGGAGCUGAAAAACGAAGUAGGGCACGAUGGAGCACUACCUCCAGAGGUCGGUGCCCGAGGUGUUCCUCUGCGUCCUCGAGAACCAGAACUGCCCAAAAUCAAUCCUGACGCUCUUGCAGAAGAGGAGGAGAGAGUGAGGCAGAAAUUGGCCCAACUGGAGGCAGAGAAGGAGAGAAUAGAGAAAGAAAAGUUGGAGAAGGAAAGGAUUGAGAAGGAGGUGCAGGCCCGUGUCGAGAAGGAGCGGAAGGAACGAGAAAGACGAGAGGAACUGGCACGUGAGCUGGAGCUAGAACGUGUGCGGCAGCAAAAGGAACAGCUAGAGAAGGAAAGGCUUGAAGCGGAAAGAUCGAAACUUGAAAGAGAGAAGAUGGAUAAAGAGAUCAUGGAGCGUGCCGAGAAAGAGAAAAGAUUGUUGGAGCAGAAGGAGCGGCUAGACCAGCUGCAGCAGGUCAUCGAUGCGCGACAUGUGCAGCAGGGCAAGGGAAGUCUCGAGGAUGAGAGUUUGAAACGGGAACAAGAGAAGACUGAUAAAGAGAUCAUGGAGCGUGCAGAGAAAGAGAAAAGGAUACUCAAGCAGAAAGAACAACUAGAAAAACUACAGCAGGUCAUUGAUGCAAAGAAGGAUGAUAAUGCACCCAAAGCAGAAGUCCUGCAAAUGCCUAAGCAAAAAGGAGGCAGGGACUUGAAGGAGAAUAUAAUUCCACCAGAAGAGGAGAAGAAAGAGGAAAAGAGGAGCAGAGAGGAUGGAGGGUUGGACCUUAAGAGGAGACGCAGAGCUGUGGACCCUGAGGGCGGAGGAGACGCUGACCUGGAUCUUCUGCGGGACAUAGGAGGUUUAGACUUACACGCUGACCUAAAGGGGCAGCUCCUGGCGGGAUCUCUGGUUCACACACGCCAGCUUAAACAGACGUUUCAGAGGCAGGAGAGUGAAGACUAGAGUAGGUUGUUCCAGAAUUACAACCUCUGGAACCCAGUGAACCUCUCAAAUGGAUGUGCAGAAAUGCUCACUCAAAAACUUACGUGAUUUGGCAGUGAGACAAAUCUCUUUACUCCUCAUUUGAAAAGUUGAUGCCUUUAUCUAAGACUUCUAACAUUCCUUUUGGGUUCAUGAUGACAGUGGGCACUUUGAUUUGAUCCUUUAGUUGUCCGCCAGGAACACUGAAUCCAUAGUCCCUUAUGAGCUUCCAUUAUUGUUUUGUGUGAGAUUUUGCUGAAUCUGGUGCAAUAAAAGGAAUGUCUGGUGUAAUAAACUGAGCAGGCAUCACAUUAAAAACGGACCUUGAUGGGCACACGGGGCAUUUCAGAAUAUUGUGUUUUGGACCGUCGCAUAGGAAAACGGCACAAGUGUACCCCGUUGUGGCUGCUAUGGUAAAUUGUAUGGCAAGUUCUAAAAUAUAAUGUCACUAUUGCAUACUUCCUUAUUGAAGUUUUAUCUUCUGUGAAUGAAAAUAGAAGCCAAAUUAAUAUGAGAUGCAGUUUUAAAAAAUGCAGCUUUUAUCUUCUUCUAGGAGCUUUAUUUUCUUCUCUAGGAACUAUUGGACCAUUUACUGCACCGUAGUGUUUUCAGUCUUCUAUCCUGUAUAAUGAAAAUGGAGUGUUAAUGUUACCUUGGCCAACAUGUUCAAUGGUCCGUCUGGUUGCUAGAAUAGUGACAUGUUCUUAUCUGAAACUACGGUCACUCUACGGUAAGAUAUCUUUGUUGUUUUUUUCAGUGUACUGGUGGAAUACUAAGUGCUAUUGAAAAGUCUUGGGAAUCCAGGCUGAGACUUCUUUAAUGGUUUUCAGAAAAAGCCUGAUGAAAUCAUAUUUUCUUUCUUAUUUGUCCAAAGUCCUUUAUUAAUUUUUUUUCUUUUGCAA